AUAACUCUGUUUUCUGUUGACCAAAAAAAAACCUCUGUAUCCAUUUCUUCUUGGUCAUCAUCUCCUUUCCUGCAGAGAUUUCUCUCGCUUGACCAUGGCUUCAGAUACUUCACAGCAUCAAGUAGCAGUAGACAAACGCGACUUCAAACAACGCUUCCAGGACAAAUACGAUGUAUGGCACCAAGCCUCCCAAGAAAAGAUGGACUCAUCUGGAGUAGCAGGGGAAGAGAAGGAGAAAGAUCGUCUAGAAACCGAACCUACACCUCCAAAACAUAAAAUCCACGGCUUCGAUAACGAGAUCAAGUCACUGGAGAACUUCUUGUUGGACCAGAAGGUUUACAAGGAGUUCAAGAGUCUUGUCAUUGUCGGAGAAUACGGUGUGGGCAAGACAGCCUUGUGCCAGAAGAUUUUCAACAAAGAACAAGUCAAGAGUGUCUACGCUCCAAGGAUUUGGGUCUCUAUGCAUAGCAAAGAAACAAAGGAAGGAGAGGACAAGAAGGUAUCUGUGUUGAAGAGGAUCUUGAAGGAUCUUGGAGUUGAAGAUGAGAUGUUUGAAUCAAUCCACAAGGAAGCUACGAAAGAAGUUUCAGCCAAGAUGGAACUUGGGGAAACUUAUGAAGAGAUGGUGAAAGAUGAGGAGAUCGCUGCUCUGCUCUAUGCACUUCACUUGAAUCUGAGGUGGAAGAAGUAUCUGAUUGUGUUUGAUGAUGUGAGAGAAGAGGACAAGUGGGACCAGAAGCUUGAUGAGAAACUCAAGGAGGAUGAGAAAUGGGGAAAGCAUCUUUCAGAUGGGUUUCCUAAAGGCUCUGGUGGGAGAGUCAUAUACACGACAAGGGAUAAGACCGUUGCGGAGAAGCUUGUUGGAGAGAGACAUGAGAUCCAUCGUCUCUGGCCGUUGUCUGAUCAUCAGAAAGUUUGGAAUAUAUAUGAAGAAGUUGUUGUUGUUGAGAAAAAGAAAGAGCCUCCAAGGAAUGAUAAGAAGUGUAUAGAUGAGCUGAUGAAUAAGUCUCGUGGUCUUCCUCUGGCUGUAAGAAUGAUUGCUGAGCUUGAUCCUGUGUUUCUUGAUGAUGAAAUUGUGGCCCAGGAUGGUUCUACUAAUGGAUCAAACGAGUCAACCAACCCGCCCAAUCAGUCCAACCCCUGAGAAGUGGAUUAAUUUCAAUGUUAUCAUCAUCAAACCUUGCUUAUGUUUUCUAGUAUGUUUUUUUUCUUGUUUGUUGUUGUUGUUGUCACUUUGUUGUAUCAAUAAACCUGAAUCUCUGAGAAGAGUUUCUUUAAUUGAUUAGAUUAAUGUUUCUUGAUCUUGCAUAGGUGCAUGUCCUCAAUUUUUUUCUUGAUGCCUUAAGUUCACUUAAAACUUUU